GGUGGUCAUUAUCGCCAGACAUGGAAUGCGCCUGGACGCAGCAGACCAAUCGUGGCAUCUGUCGACUCCGGCUCCUUACGACCCUCCCCUCACUUAUGGCGGCUGGAACCAGUGUCGAGCCCUCGGCACGAGGAUCGCCAGCUUACUCUAUGCACGGGAGCAGGAGUACAACAAUGCACAAACUGGGGCGGGCGACAAUGGCACGAAUGCCUUCAAUCCUACAGGUACGCGGCGACGGCGCAAGAAGCACAGGGUCGUCAUCCACACCUCGCCGUUUCUGCGAUGUUUGCAGACCAGCGUGGCCAUUUCAGCUGGCAUGGCGCAGUUCGAGGAGCCAGGUGAUAAGACAAAGAGCAGCAGGCCGCGAAGUCCAGCGCAGAUGCACUCCGGCCUACACUCGCCACGCUUGCACGCCAUGAGCGGGUCAACGUCUCCUAGUCUGGCUCCCAUUGCUGAGCCCAAGCACGAUCUGGCGCAUCAGCUCGCCCGACGGACUUUGGCGGAACACAAGCGGUACCGCAAAGCAAAGAUUCGCGUGGACGCUUUUCUGGGGGAAUGGCUGAAUCCUCAGUACUUUGACCACAUCACGCCGCCUCCACCUAGCCCUCUGAUGGUGGCAGGUGCAAAAGCAGAGCUCAUGCAGAACGAGUCGGUUGACCUGUUCACGCCCUCGAUGUCGCAUAAAUCUUCUAACAACAGCCUUUGGAGUGGCAACAAUACUAGACAGAAUCACAGCAGGAGUUCCCUGGACAGUUGGUCCCAUGUGACCGACGCGCUGCACGCACCGACGCCCAGACGAGAUCGAUCCAGUAGCGUCAGCAGUGUUGGAAGCAACGAGAGUCAUCACGGCUACCAUAACCAUAGCGGCUCCGGACGAAAAUCGCCUUUUCGACAUGGUCACAAUUUGCAGCCUCUCACCUCCACGAUCCCGAAGCCAGAGUACUCUGUCUACCAUCCUCCGAUACCCUCCUACGCGAUUUCGAACUCCGACCACAUCCCACGAGGAUAUGUUUCACACGCGCGCAAUGCGACUGUGAAUGUUGAUUAUCACUGGGACAGUAGCCGGCAACCUUUAGAUUGGGGUAAUGGAGGGGAGUUCGGCGAGGAGUGGUCUUCCAUGCACAGACGGUUCAGACGAGGCUUGAACAAUAUGAUGGAAUGGUACAGCAAUCAUGAUGCCAACGAUCGAGGAGAGGACUCGUUGGGUCUGGAGCAGGCGGACCGGCCGCAUGUCUACCACUAUGAUGACGAAGAGCAGGAAGAUCUGGUUGUUAUUAUGGUCACACAUGGUGCAGGGAGCAAUGCUCUUAUCGGUGGGCUCACCAGCCAGCCAGUACUGCUCGACGUCGGUAUGGCCAGUCUGACCAUGGCAGUCCGAAAGCACGAUGCACCGGCACUAGCGCUGCAGCAACAUGGCGGGUUGGCAACCCCAGAUGGUUCACCAUGUCCGUCGCCCAAUCCUGGCUCCAUGCAGCGACGACGAAGCGCAUAUGAUAUUGGGUUGAGUGACAUAUACGAGAUGAAGCUGGUUGCAUCAUCGGAGCAUUUGCGACCCGGUGUGGACCCGACGAAAUUAUCGGCGACGAACGCGACGAGCCAUCUAAAAACGGCCAAGGAAGCCAUGGCCAAGUACGACCGGAUUGGUGGUGUUGCACAUGCAGAGGCUGGUUCGGGUAUCGAGUCCAACUGGGAUCUCGGUGAGCCCAAAGUGCCGACUGGUCCCGUGCGAACAAACAGCGGCUCUGCCAAUGCUGCUCUGGGUUCCAUCAGACGCCCCUGCGCGCCCGUGAUUUCCAGGAGCAUUUCCGAGCCGACGGAUAACGUGUUGCCUCCUCCCAACCUCACUACCGGACUGUGGACUCCACCUUCGGGCCGAGGCACGCCUCUGCCCAAUGCGCAGAGGGCAAAAGAGGAAAAAGACAGCGUUUUCCUGCGAUUCCAGGAGAAGUCUGGUCGCAGCAGUCCUGGCCAUGAUCUGGUUCUCGAUUUCAGCAACUCUCCGCCCGAUUCACGUCCGACGAGUUCUGAAGGCCCCCCGACGCAGCCAUCUACCAUGGUUGCCACGGUCACGAGCGAGCAAGAGGAACGCAAGAUUGUGGAUAGUGUUCUGGGGGAUGAGCAGAGCCCGCAUGAGCUCGCGGACGAGAUCGCCAAGGAAGCUGCAGAUGAGGCGACGGAUCUGCCUCAAGUGGCGAAAGAGGCACCUAUGUCACUGAGCAGAGGGCUGUCGGUCAAGAACCUGUGGGGCAGACCACAAUUUCAACGUACUCAGACGGAAGACAAAGUCGCCAGAUCCUGGAACAAGGCUGAGCCUAAGAGGCGGUGGACUGUUACUGAGCACGAUUGACGUGGAUGGUGUGCGUACUUGUUUUAUUUUAUCUUUGGCACCUGUGAGCGUGUUCCCAGGGCCUUUGCAUUGAUAUCCUACUCCUCACGAGUCUCUAUGUUGGUGGUUUAAAAAUCGGCUGCCUCGGGGAAUGUGGAGCCUCGAAAGCGCUGUGUAGCAGUAUACCUAAUCAUAAACUACCUACCUUAUUC